AUUAGAUGAAGCUUUGGAAAACUUGGAUUCUGCAAUAUAGAAAAACCCUGAAAAUUCUGAUUAUUACUACCACAAAGGUGUAAUUUACGAUGCAUAAUAACUUAGCAAUAGUUUUAGAUAAAAUGAAUAGAUUGCAAGAGGCUUUGGAAUUUUAUGAUUCUGCGAUUUAGAAAAACCCAGAACAUUCUGACUAUUACAACAAUAAAGGCAUAGUUAUAUAUAAUAUCUAAGCAAAUACUUUAACUAAAUUGAAUAGAUUAGAUGAGGCUUUGGAAAAUUAUUAUUUGGCAAUUCGGAUAAAUCCAGAAAAUUCUCUCUAUUACAACAAUAUAGGUAUUAGAUAUAUUUAAUUUCUUAGCUUUAACUUUAAAUAUAAGGAAUAGAUUAGAAGAAGCCAAGAAAAAUUGUGAUAUAGCAACUUAGAUAAUCCCAGAUAAUCAUUCCUAUUCUUAGUGCAAAAGUUAAACUAAAUACAAAUAAUUUAUUAGCUGCUACUUUAUCCAGACUGAACAGAUUGGAAGAAACAUUUACAAAUUUUAAUUAAUUCUAUGAAAUAAGGUAUUCACAAGACUUCAACCCCAAAAAUAUUUUCAUAAAUUCCGAUUUUCA